ACCCCGCUGAGUGAACGGCGUCUUUAGCAAAACGCGCAUUAACAAUUCGGCUAUAUUUGAUUAAAAAUGUAUUCAAUGGCGCUUGGAGCAACUAAAUAAGUGGUUUAAUUGCUACAGGAAUUAACACAGACUUGGACUUUGUAUUUAUUUUUCGUGUUUUGUUUAUUUCUUUUAGUGUUUUACACCGUUUUCCACUUUAAGCUUGUGGCUAGUUAUGCUAACCGCAUUGCUUUCGGCCUAUUCCGCUUUGUUUUCUUUGUGUUUUUUUAUAUAUUUUUUUUAUUUCACAGUGAAGUGUCUCUGGAGUAAGUAAUCUUGGGUGAUUCUUGAUCUGGACUGCGCUUUCUCCCCCAGCACUUGGACUACAUUUGGAAAUCUCCGCAUUUGUAAAAAUCGUUGUUGGAAAUGGACGUUGCGCGCUGACGCCGUGAAGCUGUUCCGGUUUUCACUCGGACGUUUUAAUGAACAUUGACCUCCCCAACACCGGACCUUCAUUUCUCGUUGUAACAUCUUUAAUUCCGGACUCAUUGUAGUGUUUUUUUUUUUUUGGUUUUCAUUAAUCGCCUUUGGACCCAUCACGACACCCUGCAGGUUUUCUUUAGCUGCUGUUGUUGGGCUAUGGGCUGAGUGGGGUUUGUUGGCCUUGGCAUAGAGGAAAGGGAGCCUUAACUCAUUGUGUUGGUUUAGAUAAUCUGAUCUGACAGGAAAACGUGUGUGUAAAAAUGUCUUGUGUUCAUUACAAAUUUUCCUCUAAACUUAACUACGACACGGUGACUUUCGACGGGCUGCACAUCACCGUGAGCGAGCUGAAGCGCCAGAUCAUGGGGCGAGAGAAGCUGAAGGCCGCCGACUGCGACCUCCAGAUUACCAACGCCCAGACUAAAGAAGAAUACACUGAUGAUGGCGCUCUAAUCCCCAAAAACUCAUCCGUCAUCAUCAGGAGAAUACCAAUCAGUGGUGUAAAGGCAGCCAGCAAAACAUUUCUCAUUGAUCGAUGUGAGCCAUCACUCGGAUCUUCAAAAGCCAUUGAUGAUACUCCAUCCAUUUCUCUGGCGCAGCUUGCGAAGACGGCGAAUCUGGCAGAGGCAAACGCUUCUGAGGAAGACAAAAUCAAAGCGAUGAUGUCACAGUCCAAUCAUGAAUAUGACCCCAUUCAUUACACAAAGAAGCUGGUGGGUCCUCCUCCUCCAAAUUACACUUGUUUUCGCUGCGGGAAAAGUGGACACUACAUCCGAAACUGCCCGACCAAUGGGCAGGAUAAAAGUUUUGAGGCACCUCAGCGGAUUAAAAAGAGCACAGGGAUUCCUCGCAGCUUCAUGAAAGAAGUGGACGAUCCAAAUAUUAAAGGUGCCAUGCUGACCAACACGGGCACUUACGCCAUUCCUACCAUUGACGCUGAAGCUUAUGCAAUUGGGAAAAAGGAGAAGCCACCCUUUGUCCCUCAGGAACGGUCGUCCUCUUCUGACGACGAAGAUCCCGUUCCGGACGAGCUGCUCUGUCUGAUCUGUAAAGACCUCAUGACGGACGCUGUUGUGAUUCCCUGCUGUGGGAACAGCUACUGCGAUGAAUGUAUUCGAUCAAGUUUAUUGGAGUCAGAGGAACACAUUUGUCCCACCUGCAACCAGUCUGAAGUUUCACCGGACACAUUAAUUGCCAACAAAUUCCUCCGUCAGGCUGUCAACAACUUCAGGAAUGAAACGGGCUACGCCAAGAGAAUUCGCAAAACUGCUGCUCAGGCGCCUGUCCCUGCCGCCCAGCCUCAGCCCCGGGUCCAGUGUCCUGUUCAGCCAGUCAAGCUUCUCAAUUCCCGCCAGCAGGAUCCACUCCGGGCUAACACACCGCCCCAGAACCCUCCUGCCACUGUCGUCCCACCCACUGCUGUCCCUGAGCAGGCUUCAGCAACGCCGCCUGAAGUUGAUGCUUCACCUGAGCCCGGGAACAAUAGUGGUCCUGCCCCAGUGGCUCUUUCUCCCCCACAGCAGCCCAAACGGGAUGAUGCUGUCAUGCCUAAAGAGCCAGAAGCACAGCCAACAGCUGCGGUUUUAUCUGACAGUCUGCUUCCUACUCCAGUUAUUCCAAAAGGGCACCAUGUUCCAGUGAUCAGCCAGCCACAUGUGCACACACUUCCUCUUCCCAUUCCUCGAUCAGGACUGUUGAGGCCCAGCAUCCCAAGACUCCCUGCAACCCGGUCUGCAUGGGAUCCGUCCUCGGGCCGAGGUCGACCCCUCCCGAACGAUCGGCACCCGAGGGCAUCGGUUCCUCCGGUCCAACCUCCUCCUGUUGCUCCAACACUUUACCCACCCUCUCUUUUCCCUCUCCCGCAGCAUCCUAUAUCCCACCCCCCUAGUGUCGUCCCCCCACAGUUCCCAAUGCAGUUCCCUCAAGGGCAACAACCUGCCCCCCCUUUCAACAUGCCUCCCCCAGGUUUCCCCCCUGCCCCAACAAAUGUCCCCAAUCCCUGGGUACCACAAGGUACUCAGCCCCCACUCCCAAACCCCCCAGUACCUCCAAUGCAAUCGGCACUCUUUCUGUCCAAGGAGGAGUUCUACAGACAACAGCGUCGACUCAAGGAAGAGGAGUCCAAGCUUGAGGAGUUUACCAAUGACUUUGCCAAAGAGUUGUUGGAGUACAGAAAGAUCCAGAAAGAGAGAAGACGGUCCUAUUCCAGAUCAAAGUCUCCAUAUCGCUCCUCCUACAGUGGCUCAUCUUACUCUUACUCAAAGUCCAGAUCCCGUUCUCGAUCCCCACGUUCCUAUUCACGCUCCGUAUCGCGAUCUCGCUCCAGAUCGCGUUCUCGCUCUCGUUCACGGUCCCGUUCUCGUUCCUACUCUCCGUACUCCCGAAGAGGCAGAGGUCGUAGCCGCAGUUAUCGAUCUAGAUCCCGCACACCUCCGUACCAUCGUUCUCGAACACGCUCUCCUUCCUACAGAGGGCGGGACGGAGGAGGAAUGAGCACAGGCAUCUAUCGAUCUCGCUCGAGGUCACCGAUCUAUCGGACUCACAGUCCAGGCAAGAAACUGCCUCCGUCUUCUCAGGUAGAGGACCGCAAAUAUGGAGGAAGGUACAGGGAGGUUCCCCCAUGCGACGCCAAAGCUUACUACGGCCGAGCGUUUGACCAGAGCGACCCCUUUGAACGAGAGAGAUAUCGAGAGUGGGAGAGAGAAUACAGAGAGUGGUAUGAGAAGUAUUUCAAGAAUUACGAGGGGCCACAGGGCGGUCAGAUCAGAGGUCGCGGUCCAGGUGGAAGAGAGCCGUACUCGCCGGAGCGUUUCGCGCCUCACAGGCCCAGAGACAACUCGCCAUAUGGCAGGGGGCGCCGGGAGGACUAUCCGCCCCAUGGCAUCCCGGCAAGAACUCGUCCGUUGACAUAUCAGGAAAGGUGUGCGGAAAAGUAUGGUCAUCUUCACGUCAACAAUAUGGCAGUCGGAAGAGGAAUAAACAAAGAGAGCCUGAAACCCACCAAAGAGCGAGAGCCAACCACGAGCGCUGCUGCGGACUCGAAGGGUCUGAAGCACAAAAAACAUCGGAAAAAAAGGAAAGGGGAGGAGGGAGAUCUAUUUAGUCAUUCCGAUUCAAUGGACGAAUCCAAGAAAGACGAACGGAAGGGAGACUCGAUGCUGAUGAACUCGAGUCGUGAUGAUGCCACGCCUGUCAGGGAUGAGCCCAUGGAUAGCGCCUCUGUGCCCUACAAGAGUGCAUCAGACAAAGAGAGAAAAGAGAAAACCAAAAGCAAGACGGAAAAAGUUAAACGCAAGCCUGAGAGUGGUACGCAAAAGAAAGAAGCUCCAGCAAAAAGCGCCAAACCCGCCAGAGAAAAGGAGGCAGACGCAGGGCGGGAAAGGGUCGUUUCCACUGAACCGGCCAUUAAAAGGAUCAAAGACGAUCCUGCUCAGAAGACUGAUGCCAGCAAACCGCAUACUUCUGAGAAACUCAUGCUUCCUCGCAAAUUGAUGCAGUCUAAACCGGUCAAGCAACACCAAGAGCAAAAAGCGGUCAAAGAUGAACCGAAAGUAAAAAAAGAAUCCGUCAAAGACGUGACUAAAGUUGAGAAACCUCCUGCUAAAGACGCAAAGCCCAAGACGGAAAAGUCCCUCAAAACCGAUGAGAAACCCACCAAAGCAAGCGAUCCGAAGGCGGAGAAACGGAAACGGAAAGAGGAAAAGGAGCCAGAGUUCAUGUCAAACAAAUCCCCAAGGUUGGCAGUUGCCGAGAUGGCCAGCGUUUCACCCAAGCCCAAGCUGAAGGUGGAGAACGAGAAGCCGACGCAGAAGGACAAGCCUGCCAUUCCUUCCCUGAUGGACAUUAAGCCCGAACCUGUUCGAAAGAUCAAGCUCAAUCGCGAGAUCGGAAAGAGGAUUGCGAGUACCGAGCGACUUUCUUCAGAGGAAUCCGGCGCUGGAAAGACCAAACAAGACCAGAAGUCAAAGGUCAAGCUGCGACGCCAGGUGCACGGCACAGACCGAUCCGGAUCCACGUUGGUCGAUUACACCAGCACCAGCUCAACUGGCGGUAGUCCCAUCAAAAGGCACGAGGAGAAACCAGACCUGAAGAAGACUGUGGUGAAAACGCUGGAGGAAUACACCAACGACAGCUCAACACCUGCGGAAGAUGAAAUCGUCAUGAUCCAGGUACCUCGCUCCAAAUGGGAGAAGGAAGACUUUGAAUCCGAGGAGGACGAGUCCAAGGUCGCGAAUUCCUCCCCUGGAAACGGCAACGCUUCGGCGCCGAACUCUGCCGCUCUUGCCGCUUCCAAGUCGAGCGACAAAGAGGUGAAUAAAACGCUCACUGACUUGAAAGACGCUCAUCCCGAGUCUAAACCUACCAAGGAUCUGUCGAGCGAGAAAGAGAAAGAGACCGAGUGGGAAAGGGAGCGCGACCGAGGCAAAGAACGAGACCGAAGCAACUUUGAUCGCGACGUCUCUGAAAGAAAGAAGCCUUGUACGGUAAAUCAGGACCGAGAACGAGUGCAGGAGAGAGGAAGCGACCAUGGAAGCGAGAGAAGCUCCUCGUCUCAAUCCUCCAGAGACAGACUCGCCGAUCGGACUGCCUCGGGAUCCAGGAAGCCGUCGAGUCGAGACAACAACGCGAGUCUUGGUGACAAGAAACAGGACCACCGCAGCAGCACAAAAGACCACACGGAUUUCUGGCAGAGAGACACGAAAUCGAGAGAACAGCUGAGGAAGAAGGACUCGCCGCCGCCGCCCUCGAAAACGCCCACAGAUGCCAGUAAAAAGGCGCCGACUGCGUCCCAGGAGUCCAAAAUGUCCGAACGUAGUCCUUCCUCAGACAGGAAGGUAUCGUCUUGGGAGUCCAAAAGGACGUCCUCGGAGGACUCGAAAGCGGACAAAGCGGCCCACAGAGAAGGGACAAGGCACUUUGAUAAUCGGACAGCAAAGGACAAGGAGCAACACAAAGCGAACCAAAGUACGGCGUUGACGGAGACCAAGAGCGACGCCGAGAGAAGCGACACUCGAGUCAAGCCUCCUUCGACCCGUUCCACGCGUCUGUCCUCGGACUUGACGCGGGAGACGGACGAGGCCGCCUUCGUCCCGGACUACAGCGAGAGCGACAGCGAAGCGUCGGACCCGGAUAGCAAGGCGGAGCCGAAGGAAAAGGGACAGGAAAGCAGUGCGAGCCCUGUCCGCAGUCGGAGCGCCAGCCCCACUGCCCACAGCAGCAGCCCCAGCUCAGCAGGCAGUCAGGACAGCAAGAAAAAGAAGAAAGAUAAGAAGGACAAAAAGGAAAAGAAAAAGCACAAGAAGCACAAGAAACACAAAAAACACAAGAAGCACGUCGGCAACGAAUCCGAGUCUGACGCCAAGGGACAAAAACAUAAGCAUAAGAAAAAGAAAUCCAAAAAGAGUAAGGAAAAGGACAAGGAGGAGAAAGACAGGGACGAGAGAGACAACAGGACGAAAGACGAACAAAACCAAGUCCCCGUUUAAGACCUUGACACUUGGUGCGAGUUGUUUUCUAAAGCUCGACGGUACAGCAAAUAAAGACAUAUCUCUGCGUAUUAAUAAACUACUGUUCAAGCUCAUUACUUUGUCGAUGUUCCAUAGACAUUAAUGAUUUAACCACGCUCAACUCUGCCACUUGAAGACCGGAGCCUCCUUUAACAAUGAAACCUGAUGUAAUAAUUUGCUCUGAAUUUUUUGAUGCAUAUUUUGGAUCUGUUAAAAAAAAAAAAAUGUUCUUUUUUCUGGUGGUUUUUGGUAACUCUGUAGAGGCUCUAAAACAGGCACUUUAUAUAUGUGAACAUAAACGUGCCCUUUUCAUUACAUCUCCCUUUUAUGCCUGUAAUCGUCGGAGGCCGAUCAUGAAUUACGACGGUACGAUAAAUAUAGUCACCGUUCCAACUGGACAAGAACACGGGCCGUGGGCACAGCAUGUAAUGAUCUGCUUCAAAGAUGUUUGCACUGUGAAUAUUUUCCUCUACCCUUUAGUUUUUAUUUUACAUCACAUUCUCAUGAUUGUUAAUUUAAAUUACUAGUUGAAAAUGUUUUGUUUAAGGGAAUAAAAUGGAGCAGAAUUUCAAA